AAAGAGCCGGGGCCGCGGGGGCUGGCGCGUGGGGAGUCUAGUCCCUGGUCCUGUCCCUCUGCGCCCUGCGGUCUCCUCCCCCGGUCCCUGCAGCUCCAGUGACCCCCCCAUCGCCACCCCCAGCCUCUGUAGCGCCCCGACCCUCCGGAGCCACCCCCAGCCCCUAUAGCACCCUACUGAGCUCUAGCCAUCACCCUUAGAGCACCCCACUGGUCUCUAGCCACCACCCAGCCCCUAUAGCAUCCCACUGAGCUCUAGCCAUCACCCUUAUAGCACCCCACUGGCCUGUGGCCACCACCCAGCCCCUAUAGCAUCCCACUGAGCUCUAACCCUCAGCCUUAUAGCACCCCACUGGCCUGUAGCCACCACCCAGACCCUAUAGCAUCCCACUGAGCUCUAACCCUCAGCCUUAUAGCACCCCACUGGCCUGUAGCCACCACCCAGCCCCUGUAACACCCCACUGGCCUGUAGCCACCACCCAGCCCCUGUAACACCCCACUGGCCUGUAGCCACCACCCUUAUAGCACCCCACUGGCCUCUAGCCGCCACGCAGCCCCUAUAGUACACCACUAUCCCCUAUGGUACCCCACCAUCUGCUCACCUGCCCUCUACAACACCCCGCUAUUCUACUACCAAUCCCACUCAGCCAUUUCCUCUCUCUCUAGCACCCACUCACUCCACUAUUCCCGUCAUCAUCAGCCACUCACCGACCCAUUAUCUUCCUCCCUGUCAACAUCUAGCUCCCAUAGCAGGCUACUGCUCCCUUCUGCCCUGUAUUGCACCCCCAUUAUUUCCCUCUGAGCAUCUGGAAUCUCUGGUGGGUGUCAAACACCCCUGGCCUCAAUGGAGGAGGAGGGUAGGGAGAGGAGAGUGGUGUGAAUUGGGGUGCCACAGAGGGGAACUUGUGUUAGUAAUUUUAAUUUCAUCCUCCCCCACUUUCCCAAAUACAUAUAUGCUAGAAGCUUUUCCUUUGUAAAUGUGGAUGUUUGCAGAAAACUUACAAAAUACCAGCUGUGUGUAUGGACCAACAUAGUUGAAUUGUCACUUGCUGCUUCUCCAGAGUGAGUGUAUGCUGUAGAACCUUGAUAAUCCACAUAGCUCCAUAAGAAUGAAACAUGGCUGAGGAUUCUCAGAGAAACUUCCGUUCUGUCUACUAUGAAAAAGUGGGAUUUCGUGGUGUUGAAGAAAAGAAAUCAUUGGAAAUCCUACUGAAGGAUGAUCGAUUGGAUAUUGAGAAGCUUUGCACAUUUAGUCAAAGGUUUCCUCUCCCAUCCAUGUAUCGUAUCCUGGUGUGGAAGGUGCUUUUAGGAAUUAUUCCUCCUCACCAUGAAUCUCAUACUCUGGUGAUGAAGUACCGAACGGAACAAUAUAGGGAUGUGUAUCAUGCCCUCCAAGUAAUUCGGUUUAUCAAGGAUUUUACCCCACAGGUUGAAGUUUUCCUUCGCAUGCAUCAACUGGAGUCAGGAAGGUUGCCUCGAAAUCUGGCUUUUCCUCUGGAACCAGAAGAUGAAGUGUUUCUUGCCAUAGCUAAAGCCAUGGAGGAAGUGGUGGAGGAUAAUAUUGACUGCUACUGGCUUGUCAGUAGUUUUGUGAAUCAGUUAAACAACAAAUACAAAGAUUCGUUACCACAGCUGCCAAAAGUUCUUGAACAGUAUUUGAACGUUGAAGAUAACAGACUUCUGGCGCAUCUGAAGGCAUGUUCUGCAGUGAGCAAACUUCCUUACAAUCUUUGGUUUAAGAAGUGUUUUGCAGGCUGUUUACCUGAAUCCAGUUUACAGAGGGUUUGGGACAAAGUUAUUAGUGGAUCCUGCAAGAUUCUUGUUUUUGUUGCUCUGGAGAUUUUGUUAACCUUUAAAAUGAAGAUAAUGGCCCUGACUAACGCAGAGAAGAUCACACAGUUUCUGGAAAAUAUUCCUCAAGAUAACACUGACGCAAUAGUGAGCAAAGCUAUUGAUUUGUGGCACAAACAUUGUGGGAUGCCGGUACAUUUGGUAUGAGAACGUGCUGCAGUCCUCAUGGUUUGGAAGACCAUACCUUCUGAUGGUCCUUCCCUAGAUUAGUAUUUGUAGAUGUUAAAUUGUUUCACAUUUUUUGCUGUAAAUAUCAUGCUGAUUAAUUUUUAAACUGUUGCAGUAAAAGUAAAGACUGAGUUGUGCUAUGAUGAGCAGUAAUUUUGAUAAUAUAGUUGCAAAAUGCAAAUAGGAUAGUGCAGUGGCUCUCAACCUUUCCAGGUUGCUGUACCCCUUUUUAGGAGUCUGAUUUGUCUUGCGUACCCCAAGUUUCACCUCACUUAACUACUUGCUUACAAAAUCAAACAUAAACAUACAAAAGUGUCACAGCGCAGUUACAAAAAAUAGUGAAAACUGCUUACUUUCUCCUUUUUACCAUGUAAUUGUAAAAUAAAUUGAUUGGAAUAUAAAUAUUGUACUUACAUUCCUUGUUUAGUAUAGAUAGUAAUAUGAACAAGUCAUUGUAUGAAUUAUUUUAGUUUGUAUUGACUUGUCUACUACUUUUUAUGUAGCCUAUUAUAAAACUAGGCAAAUAUGUAGAUGAGUUGAUAUACCCCAGGGGUAGGCAUCUCCUUAGCUGAGAACCACUGGGCUAGGAUCCUCUGAAUUGUAGCAUUAAAGUAAGUUGUUUAGCAGGAGAAGAUCUAAUACACAAUGCAAGACCAGAUUUGCAUGCCUCUUUAUGCCACACUAAACAAGUUACAUUUUGUGUCUAUAUAAGACAAUUAAAGGAAGCUGUCCUUUGGUGGUUUAUAUAUACACCCUAAUAAAAUGACAGCCUUUUAGUGCCAUGGGAUUAAAAACAUUAAAUCAAGUUUUAAGGGAAAAAAACUUGUUACCGCUUUGAAUUACAUAUUAGCAGAUACACUAUCACUUGUUUCAGACUAUUUUGAACACAGAAGGGAACAGCCUUUAAAAUGUUAAUGGUUAUUAGGUAAUACCUCAAUUUAUGGUUAAGAACAGUGGCAGCAGUGCAUUAGACUAUGGUAAAUAAGCAGCUUGCUAAAAACUGUAUAAAAUUGUGAAUUAUUGUGUCUUGUUCUGGAAUGCAGAAACAGGUGGAUUUUUUUUAAAUGGCAUUUAUAGAGAACUUAACAGAAGAAAGUGAUUUUGCUACCACUGCCAUCUGCAAGAUCCUCCCUUCUAAUUCAGGUUAGACACUGAGACAGAUCAGUAGCCAUGGUUGAAAUGCUUUACCAAAAUUUGUGUUUGGUGGCUUUAAUCUCAUCCAAGCCAAGACCUUUCCUUAUGGGUUCAAUACAGUAGAGUGAGGAGUACCUCAUCUCUCCUUCAAGCCAAUGGAAGUUGAAGAUUGCCUCUUGAGAACCAGACUCUCACUGUAUUGCAGGGUCAAGGUGUACAGGUUUGAGAAAGUAAUAAACAGCUCUCUCCUAUCACAUGAGGUGGGUUUUAAAAAAAUUGAGAGUAUUUAAAUAAUCCUGUUUAACAUAGAUUGUUUUUGCUGCCAAGUUUUAAUGAAAGUCUAUGUGUAAGCACCUGGAACCAGAGUGAGAAUGCUAAAUCAGCUUUUGAGAGUAGUGGCCUCUUUUUGCAGCUGUAGAGAAUAUUUUCUUCACUUCAGUUUAUUCAACUAGUUCAUCCAAACUGUUUGGAAGACGAAAACAAACUUUUCUGCUUUUUUAGUUCCCAAUCUAUUAGUAAACUAAAUGUGAAAAUAGCUCUGAAGGACAUGGUAACCAAAAACAAACAUUCAGUUCAAUCCUCUAACUGCAAAGUAAAAUAUUUCCUUUCUGUAGAGUGGAGUGAGGUUUUUUUUUGGGGGGGGGGGGAGCGGGAGCCUUGGUGGGGGCACUAAAACAAAUUGUGGUCAACUUCAAAUAGAUUCAGUCGAGAUACGGAAGAAAAUUUGAAAGGGGAUUUGUUUCAGCUGUUUCAAACAAAAAAGGGUCAGUUAUUUGCUCACUCUAUUCCUUUAAUCAAUUUCAGAUGCAAAACGUUUUGCUAAAACUACUUUAGCUGCUGGAUAUUUUUAUAUAUAAAGGUUUUAGAAAUAAUUUAAAAGUGCCAUUUUUGUUUAACUGUUUCCAUCCAAAUAGAGCUUGAUACAAGUCACAAAUAAGU